AUGAGUGAGAUCCCUGAUCCUGCCCACGCACUGCCGGCCCCUUACCUCAUUUACAAGAACCAGCUGAGUGAUGACCAGAACCGACCGCUGGACAAGCUCUGGAACGAAAUGUUCCGCAAAGAGUACCCUAAAUGGGGCCACCUCCGGUCUGAAGCCGACAAGGCCGAAUGGGUCUACUGGGCCAACCACCUGAGGACUGCCAAGUCAACCGACAAGUGCUAUAACCGUCAGCUUGGAAAGGCAGGGACAGAUGGCAAUCGGCGAAUGAGCUGGGAGUACAUCUACGCCACCAUCGCGAAAGGUGGCAAGGGAAAGGGGUGGGCAGGCAGAGCCGCUGCCGCAUACCCGAAUGCCAGUAUCUGGCGGGGACAGCUCAACGAAGACGCCGAAGAAGCUACCCUUGCUGAGCGCCCAACUCAAGUAACUAAGAAAGUCCAAGGCGCCCGCCAUAAAGCUCAGUUCAUGAAGACUAAGCCCGGCAAGGGUAACGCCAAGACCAGGGAAAAUCCCUUUGGAGCUUUCAUGCGCAAGAGCCAAAAGUUUAAGACUACCAAAAAACGAUUGAAGAAUGCGACCAAGAGCCUCCAUACAGAGAUCAAGUCAAUAAGCUACUAG